CACAGCUUGCGACUGUCCCAUCCGUGAACUAGCGGUGACGAUCGCGAUGGGGGCAUUCCGCACGAAGUUUAUCUGGGUCAAUCUGCUAUUCCUUUUCGUGUAGGAUAACACAUUUUCGUAAACAAGGCUGGGUCAUCCGUAACCAGCAUGUCGUUACGGAGGGACACGACACCCAUAGACCUGUGUGUUGGGAAACUCAAGGAGAGCCAGAGGGAGUUGAGAGAGUCCAAGUUCAGCACAAACUACCUGGCCAUACAGCAGUCACUAGAGGAGACCAGAGAACAGAGUGCCAGAGUCAAGCUAGUGGAGAACAAGCUUGAGGAGAUCAAGAAGACCAGGGGGCACACAAAAGAUUUUGAAAAUGCUGAGAGUGAACUUCUCUUGUCCCAGGACCUUCACCUACAGAAGAAGAGAUGUCUGGAGACACUGCUGUAUAUCUCAGAGGUGGAGACCACCUUUCAGAAUGCUCAAGCAGACAUUGAAGACAGAGCCCUGUACCUGAGUCAGAGACCUAAAGUUUUUGAGAGUGUUUACAGAGGACAAGACAUUGACACACAAGCUCGGCUACACAGGGACUGUGUUUAUGCUGUGAGGGAAACCUGGACAUGGCUACAGCUGCUGACCAAAUGCUUGACCAUACACACAGAAAAUGCUGCUGGUUAUCAUCAGUUCUACCAUGAUGUCCGGCAUCUGGAGUCAGAUAUGGAGACCUUCCUCCAGUGGAUGGACAGUCCGACGGUCAAGGCGCCAGUGAAAACAUCUGACCCUGAAGUCAUCCUGCAACAGUUUAGGCAUUUUAUGAAUACACUUUUGGAAUACCAAGGCCGAGUUGAACGUCUGUCAGACAGAAGUAGGGAGGUUCACCCAAUACAUUACAGGAAACAGUUGCCAGAUUGGCCUGUUAAAGCCAAAGUUCUAGUCAAUUAUCAACACAAAGAGGUUAAUUUAGAGAAAGAUGAAGUUUUAACUGUACUGGACAAUUCUGAUGCAGAAAAAUGGAAAAUUAGAACAUCAAAAGGUACAGAGACAGAAGUUCCUGGCAUAGUUUUAGUUAUCCCUCCACCUGACCCCACCUGUUUUCAAGAGGUGACCAGAUUGAGGGAGCAAAUGCAAGUACACAACACAACAGUCUAUGGCAGGCUGCGAUCUCAUCUUCUACAAUUUUUGUCUAUCAUGGUAGCCCAGACACAGGCUAAAGAGCUUCAAGGUUUAUCAGCCAAACAAAAAGCUGAUUAUAUGAACAUGAUCAAUGAAGCAACAACCAUCUUACAAGGGACCUCAUCAUUGGUGGAUCCUGAAUACGAACACGUUAAAGGCAGCUUAGUUUCAUUUCGCAAACUACUUAGUCAGAUAAAGCCAGGUCAGAAAGAUGUAAAUAACCCAACAGUCCAGAAAUGGAAAAAAACUGGAACAAUCAUUCGUCAACUCACUGAACUCCAAGCAUAUUCUCAUCACUUCACUGAGGAAUGUGACAAGAGGAACAAUGAAGAGACAGUCCUCAUUGCUGAACUCAAGCAUGAAAAUACCUACACAUCGAAAGCUUACUUUCAAAGAGUUAUUCCAAUAGUGGACAUUGACACAAUCACCCAAGAGACUAAAAUGACCGGGUUCAAAUCCGAGCUGUACAUACACGAGCGCCACAGAGGCCACGCAUCUCCCCAGCAGAAACUCGUCAAGCCGCAGCGCGGUCUGCAGGUCUUACAGGCCGAGGAUGAGGUGGACUCUCCCAUGACCUCGUCCAUCAACCAAACCGUGUCCUCGUCUGUUAAAAACUUUUCCAUCGGCGGCAUCGUAGACCCCAGGACGAAACAGAAAAUCAGCAUUUCACAAGCCCUGUCCCGCGGGAUCAUUGAUAAAGACACAGGGUUGUACAAAAACCCUGAGACUGGACUGUCCAUUACCAUCGCAGAGGCUAUAGCUAAGGGACUUAUCAGUGUAGAGUAUGGGGACUCCCUCAGUAAUGGAGGGUUAGGCGAGGGCAGUAACUCACUAGAGGCAUUGAAUUCUAUGGAGACAAAAACGUUUGCCAUCUCUGGGGUUGUGGAUCCUAAAACAGGGGAGACUAUCAGUGCUAAGGAGGCGAUAGCUGCUGGGUUACUGGACCUUAAAUCAGGCAAGUUCCAUAAUCCAGUGACGGGCGAAGAAUUAUCUAUCUUUGAAGCUGUUAGGGCUGGUUACCUAAUGGCAGACCCAUCCCUGCUGGUUGAAGACCAGGCUGAUGGACCCUCAUAUCGCAGCUUCACGUCCAUUGUUCUAGAAGACGUCAAGUACAAAGUCUCAGGGGUUGUUGACCCCACCACUGGCCAGGAGAUCUCUCUCAAGCAAGCCAUCAGAGACGGGAUCAUUGACCCCGUGCUGGGGGUUUUCAAAAAACCCCAGACAGGGGAGGUUAUUUCACUGGAGGAAGCAAUGAAACGUGGUUACAUCAAGGGGAGAGAGUUUGAUCCCCUGAAAGACAAGGAGGAUGACAGUGUGUUGGCCUACCAGCAGCUACAGGUGAGGAAACAGACCUUCAAUGCUGGAGAGCCGGGCCUGGUCAAUGGUGAGGUCAACAAACUGACCCCGAAUGAUAUUCUUUUAGACAAGUUAAGGGAAAAUCUCAACGUGGCAAAGGUCAUGGUCGUUGAUCCUAAAACCGGUAAACCCGUAUCGUUUGAAGAAGCUGUAGAAAACGGGUUUUUAAAUUUGACAGACGGAAGUUUCCAGACUCAGAAGGGUGAUACGAUCAGCCUGCUAGAAGCUUGCGCUCAGGGAUGUUUAGAGCCCGGUGUGUUAAAAGAAAUCAUGAAGAUGUACCAAGAUGCCAGUUUGGCCAGUCUUAUAAACAACGGCCAGUUUGACCCUGAGACCAGCCUGGUUACGGAUUUAAACAGCGGCAAAGUUUUCACUCUCCAAGCUGCCAUACAGAACGACACCAUCAACCCUGACCAGGUGUUCUUUUACGACCUGGCACAGAACAGAGUGUUAAGCUUGAGCCAGGCGGUUAAAUCUGGUCGUAUGGACGAAGUAUCUGGUAAAAUCAUCAAAACUAAAACUGGUGAGAGGUUAAGCAUUACCCAGGCUGAAACAUGCCGGCAGAUCGAUGCAGAAAUUAACGCUGAUGAGAUUGUUCAAAGAGCUGAGAGUCUGGCUUUACUGAGGAAUAAUAUGGACACUAGCAUCAGAGGAAUCAAAAUUCCACAUGUUAGCGAAACCGCCUCAGUGGAGGAGGCGGUGAUUCUCGGUGCGCUUCAGGUACAAAAAGCUGCAUACGUUGAUGAGCAGACGGUCGGAGUUGUACCCCUUCAGCUCUCAGUUCAGAUGGAACGAGUGGAACCCAAAGUCGCCUUAGCUCUUUUUUCAGCUUUCGAUAAACAUUCGUUAGAGGAGGCGAUACUAAAGGGUGCGUUUGAUCCUAAAUCUGGGAAAUUUAUUCAUCCGAAAACUAAAGAGAAAGUUAGCUUGGAUGAAGCAAAGGAAUCCGGGGCCUGUAAUCCAUAUUUCGUUUAUCUUGUGGAUCAGGAGACUGGAAAUAUUACCUCCCUUGGUGCAAUGGCCGACAAAGGCAAGUUUGACCCUGUGUCAGGCUGCUAUAACAGUGACACAACAAAUCAUUCUAUGAGUGUCAGCGACGCCAUAGCCCAAGGGUUGAUCACCCCCCGCAUCGAACCAGAGCGCUACGUCGACCUGUCGUCCUCUCUCAAAGAUUUGAUUGACGCCGGCAAAGUCAACCCCAGGUCUACGGAGUUUGUGGCCGCCAAUGGCCUGAGGAUGUCCCUGAGGGACGCUUUGGCCAAUGGCUUCCUGAUCAUGGGGUCGAAGGUCAAGGUGGACCCAGACACCGGGGAUGUGUACCUGGUCUCGGAUGAGGCCGUGGUCCACUCACUUAUUGAGGUCAAGGAACAAUCUGAUUGGUUAUCUGAUGUAACCAAAGCUUUAGCCAGUCAGGGCCGACCCAGUGAAAAAAUGGACAGGCUUAGGAGGCAAACAGAUGACUGUUUGGAUUUGAAAGAAGAGAUCAGCAGAAAGGAACCAGAGCUCAAAUCUGUCAUCACCCAGGCUGAGCAGCUGGUGCAGGAGAAUGCCAAAGGUCAAGGCCAGAACCAAAUCAAAGAUGAGAUAACCCAGCAGUUCCAGAAACUCAAGUCCAGCGCCACUGACCUCAAAGUUCGCUUUGACAUGGUAAGCUCCGAGGCUGACAGCAGGAGCCAGAAGCUGAUAGUGAUGGGCAGGAACCUGGAGGAGCUGUACCACCAGAUGGAGGACAUUGACCAGUGGCUGGACCAGGCCAUAGAGAAGACACAGGACCUGCAGUCAGAGAACACAGACGUCGAGACGCAGUACGCCACGUUUAAGGAAUUUGUGGAGGAAAUGAAAGAAAGAGAAGAAGAUUUGAGUGCUAUUAUAAAGUCAGCUGAUUCAUUUAAAGACAGUGCUCAGGAAGUGGAAAAAGAUGUAGAUAGCUUCAGGAAACGUAUGGAGAUCUUACCCACAAUUCCAGAGGAAGGCGAGACAGGUGUUCUUGACGAAGAGCUUGAAUCUAUUGAAGCCAAAUUUAAAGAUAUCUCCAAGGAGUGCUCCAAACAUCUGGAGCGUUUAGGCUCGUUAGCCAAACUUAAGAAAAAUUUUGACGACCUACAUGAAAAAUUGUCUGUCAGCUUCCCAGCCUUACAGGAGAAGCUCAACAGCCUGGUUGAUGAGGACUUUGGCCUUGACCCACAAAAAGCCAACCAGGACAGAGAGAACCUGAGGAACAUCAAGGCUGAUCUGAUAAGCCAGGAGAGGAAACUGAAAGAUUUAACAGUGGCAGGGGAGAGGCUGGUUGCUGGACUGCUGGAGGCUGGCAUGGAAGAAGAGGCUGAGCUGGUCAACCAGAUGAUUGACCAGAAGCGGGAUGAGCACCAGUACGUGAUGGACGACAUCCUGGAGCACGAGCAGCUGCUGGACGCAGCAGUGGCUGAACAGCAGAAUAUGAUCAGUCAUCUGGAUGACAUAGAGAUGAGCUUAAGAGAAGUGGAGAGUGAGCUGGACAGUAGUGAUGACAUCAGCAUGGACAAGGAGAAGCUGGCCCAGCAGAUCCAGGAGCAGAGGCUGCUCAAUGCCAAGAUCUCCAGCCACAGGACUAUGUUAGAGAGGCUGUGUCUGGACGUUGAGGGCAGCAGUGAUGAGAAACUGAAGGACCUGAUGCAGCAGGCCGAGACCCUGCAGGCCAUAGCUGACCAGAGGACCCAGGAGCUGGAGGACGUCCUGGCCAACAUUGCCGAGUUUGAGGCCAAGUCCUCUGAGCUGGAUGGGUGGCUCAUGGAGGCCAAGCAGGUGUUGAACCCUAAAGCUGGAGCCCCAAAACUCACUAGGACUAAGGUGGACAGUCUACACGAGGCCAAACAGGAGAAGGCAGCUGACCUGGAUGUCCUGAGAGAAAUGUGUGAGAAACUGCUAGACCAGAAGGGGGUGAAGGACAAGUACGCGGUCAAGGAAACCCUAGCAGACGUGGAGAGUAAAUGGAAUGACAUGACUGAUCUUUUGGUGCAGAAUAUGUCACUGGAGGCUUUGUCUGAGAUAGAUGGGAUGCUAAAAUACUUGGACAAGGCGGAGAAUGAGAUCAACACAGCUGAGCCAAUCAGCAUAGACCCAGAGACACUAGGGGUGCAGCUCAGGGAACACAAGACAUUUGAUGAAGACCUGAAGAGUAAAAGAAAUGCAGUGAAAGAAAUCAUCGACAAGUGCACCCACAUGCUGCGGGAGACGGCUAACUCCCACACGGAUGAGAUCAAGUCCAAACUGGACAGCAUCACCAACCAAGCAGACGUUGUAUGCCAGCUGAGCGCUGAACGUCUUCAGCAGCUGGAGGCGGCGCUGCCCCUGGCCACGCACUACGGGGAGAACCAGACGGAGGUCUCUGCCUGGAUGGAGGAGAUGGAGGCAGAGAUGAAUGCCCAGGGCGACCCGGGGCAGAACCUGGAGCAAGUUAAAAAACAGCAUGAUAAUCUCAAGACAACACAGCAGAUAAUCGAAGACCACAAGCUAUUUAUAGACGACCUAAAUUCCACUGGACUGGAACUGAUGGACGUGUGUGCUGAAAGUGAUGCAGUGGACAUCCAGAACAAGCUACUGGACAUCAACAAACGCUAUGAAGGACUCAAGUCUACUGCCAGAGGAAAGGCCAGAGAUCUGGUGGAAGCUAAGAGGAAGUUUACUCAAGAGGCAUCGGAUACACUGGAUCAACUUCUGGAUGAUCUGGAUGGUCUCCACAGCACAGUGGCCAAUGCUGACCCCAUCCCUGCCUCGCCAGAUAAACUGAAGAAUGAGAUUGAUGAAAACAAGGCUGUCCUUGAAGACUUAGAAAACCAAAAGCAGGCCAUAGCUAAAGCUGAAGAGCUGGCCAAAAAUCCUAAGGCUCAUGGAGUUGAAGACCCAGCAGAUGGUGAGGAGAUCAAGCAGAAGCACAAACAGAUCUGUGACAUGUCUAAGGAGAUCAGGCUCCAAGCUGAGGCUCGGGACAAGUCCCUCAAAACCGCCCUCAAGCUGUCGGAGAAGUUUUACGACCUGUCGUCUGAUGUCAUGUCGGGCAUGCGUGACCUUAAAGACAGCAUGUACAACCAGGAGCCGCCGGGUAUUGACCCUGAUGCUAUCAAGGAGCAGCAGGCAGAGCUGGCUGGUCUGAAGAAAGAGCUGGAGAAGGCCAGAGAACUGGUGGGGGAGUGUCGCCAGCUGGGUGGGGAGCUGGGUAAGGUGUGUGGGGACCCUGGCUCCAUAGAGAUCAUGAAGUGUCUGGAGGACCUAGCCCACAUGACCGACGACGUCAACGACACAAUCAGGGACAGGGGCGAUGAGCUGAGGAAGGCGUAUCAGCAUGCUGACCAGUUUAAGAAGCUUUAUGAGUCCAUCAAUACUUGGCUACCCACAUCUGAGCACAAGCUUGCCUCAAUGAAACCACCAUCCACUGACCCCAACACUUUACAACAUCAACUGGAAGAGCUGCGGAUGUUCAAGGGUGAGGUCCACCCCCACAUCAUUGAGAUGCAGCAGCUGAACCAGGAGAUGGGGGCACUGUGUGAUUUGUCGCCUGUUGCUGCGGAAUCUCUGCAGAAGCCAGUCAAACAAGUCAACGAGAAGUGGACAGAGCUGCUUAGAGGGUUAACCGAGAGAGAGACUAAGCUCACAGAUAUGCAACUUAAAGUAGGGGAAGUAAAUCAAGCAAUGGAAGACAUAAUUACUUCCCUUGACCAAACACAAAAUGAGCUAAGUGGUGUAGAUGAUAUUAAAGGGGAUCCUAAAUUUUUGGAAACACAUCUCAGAAAGCUGCAGCUGAUGCAAGCAGACAUCAGGAACAAAGACAAAACUGCACGUAAACUGACCAAAGCCGUGGAUGAGAUCCUCCAGCAGACGGGAGCUGACCCCGAGAGCUCGCCACUGAGCCACAAGAGACAGGAGAUGAGGGAGAAGAUCCGCAGCACCCAGGCCACGGCCAGGGAGAAGGAGAACAAGCUCCAGGACACCAUGAUACAGGUGAAAAAGUUCCUGGGAGAGGUAGAUGACCAGCUGGCCAAAGUCAAUGAGUUUAGAGCUGAGCUCAAGACCAACCAACCCUACGGUGCCCUGCCUGACUCAUCAGAGAAACAAUAUGCUGAUUUUGUGAAAAAGUGUCAAGACCUUGACGGUCAGGACAAGCAGAUAGAAAGCCUGCUGACCACUGGUCAAGAAUUGAUUGAUCAGUGCAAGCCUCAAGAUGUCCUUGAUGUGGCUGACAGAGUCAAAAGGCUGAAAGAGAGAUGGACAGACACCAAGGACAGGGCCAGGAAGAGAAAGGAAAAGAUGGAGGAACAUCUGAACAAUGUAGGCCAGUUUCACGACACCCUGAAGGUGUUCACUGAUUGGCUGAACAGUGCGGAGAUCUCUAUGAGAAGCUUCAAGUAUCCCAGUAAACUUGUGGACACAAUCACUCAACAAAUUGCUGAGCAUAAUGUCCUGAGGCAGAAUCUGGACACACAUGCAGAGAAGAUGAACCUGCUGGACAGGUCAGGCACCUACCUGAAAUACUUCGGACGCAAGCAGGACACUGUGUAUGUGAAGAACAUGCAGGUGGGGAUCAGGCUCAGGUGGAAGAAGCUUUUGAGAAGGGCAGACGAGAGGGGGAGACUACUGGACCAAGCUUAUAAAGAAGACAAGCGGUUUGAUGAAUCUUGGCACAGCCUUUGUGAUUGGCUGGACCAGAGCAUGCAUGCACUGUCAAAGUUCAUGACCCCAGCCAAUCAGCCAACCGGGAUGAAGCAAGAUAUUGAUGAGCUGAAGAAAAUUGAAACAAUAACG